AUGGACAUCGCGCUUCGCGACCUGAUUACCCAAUUACAGCCUUACGGGUUAACGAAGGGCGAGGUAUUGAUGAUUGUUAAUCUGGGUGUGGGGAUGCAGGAUGCGCCCGCGGGAGCGGGUGAGGAUGGGCAAGAAGAGGAAGGCGAAGGGGAAGCUGGGGAGGGAGAGGGGGAGGUUGUUAAUGGGAAUGGAGAUGGGAUGGAUGUUGAUGUGAAUGGGAAGGGGGGUGCUGAAGGGGAGGGAGAACUUGGGGAGGAGGAUUAUGGGGCGCUUGCGCUGUUGGAUACUGUUAUUGAGGAGAGGGAGGAGCGGUUUAGUGAUGAGGAUGUGGUGGCUAUUUUGGGUAUUAUUCGGGGGACGUUGGGGAGGGGGCAGGCGAUGAAUGGGGCGGGUUAG